AUGGACACAGGUGGCGUUCGACCCUUUGAAAGGGUUUGUUUUAACCUGUCCAGACACUGUGGCGCCGUACCUUUGGCUAGUUUUCUGGCCAACGAUUACCAAGAUCUCGACAUCAGGGACUACCAUAUCCUGCCGUUUGGCCAAACCCCAACCGAUAACGAGCCAACCGACGCGAAUCUCGCGACUCUACAAGCAGCCACGGUAGGACCUGAGUUCAGAGGUGUGCAGGACGGCGAGGAAGGGCAGCCGGCUCGUGCUGGCGCACCCAGUGGUGCUACUCUGCCACUGGGCGGGCCAGCGUCGGCGACUACUGACUCGCUGGUUCCUAAACCCUCUACUUGUGGCACCACAGGUUCGCACCCAACCUCUUCCUCCUCGACCACGGAUUCGAAAUUAUUACACUCGAAGCCUACACCCGAAAACGCGCAGGACAUGCUCGAGCAGACUUGUUUGAGGCUUUGCGGUACAACAGAGGGGCUCUUGAUCUGGGAAGUGUUCCGGGACCACAAACUGAACACUUUUGGCGCAAUCUUGACUGUAACAUCUCUCACUGGACUUCAACGCACGUAUCGAACUCCAUCUCCUCAAUAUCCCACGGGGCUUCAGGCAAAACGCGAGGCUGCUUAUCUGGCUAUCCAGAUGGGGGCGCUGGAUUUCCUCCGGACUGGCGAAGAAGACCGGAUGAAGCACAAGAAAGAAGAGCUGGUGGCCAGAGCGAAGAUAGCGGAGCAGCAGAGUAGACAGCAGCGGGAAGAGAAGGGUGAGGAUGAAGAUGACGCGGUCAGGCUUGUGGAAGAGGCAUGUGAACGGAAACACGCCAAAAUAUAUUGGGUACCGUAUCGUAAUCCUACCAACAGAGAGCAAUGGGGAAUGGCACUACGUGUGGCCUUGUCUCUGCACCAAGCAGAGACCUACUCCACGGAAGCGACGUUCGAAAGCAAAGCCAAAGCGAAGGCUCAGUGCGCUUCGACAGCCUUGAAGGAGGACCUCCUGGAGUAUCUCAAAUCGGGGGAGGGCAACGGCGAACCUUCCGCACGUUUCCCCUCAGGUCUCGGAAUCCAGCUGCAAAGGGCUGCCUCCCACAGGUACUCCCUACAGGAGUACUUCGAUACCCUGCCUAAGCCUUUCCCGAUCGAAGUCGGCCAGAAGUCAGCCCUCGACCUAAAGCCCGUGAAUUGGGUGAACAGUCUGGUCCAGGGCACCAAGGUGCCCGGCUUGAAGGUCAAUUACUAUUUUACUAGUUCAGACCAAGGUGCCGCAAGCUUGUCCGGCUGUGUCCUUCGCGUCGAAUGGCAUCCCAACGCCGCCAACCCACAGAAGAUCGACUGGAAACUGCCUACCUAUAUUGUCGAUUGUCACUUUGCGAGGCGCGCCGACGCAAAAGCCGCCGUCUGUCUGUUGGCCGUGUCGCAAGAUAUGCAAGGCACCAUCCAACAACUAAAGGAACGAUGGCAGGAUUCACGCGAGGCACUAUUGUCCAGGGCGCACAGAACGCUGGCCGAGUCAAGAAUUAUACCUACACUGAUGAGCAAGGGCUCGAAGCUUACACAGCGUGCAGGAACGAAAGGCUACCACCGGAUUAGAUACGAAUGGGGUGGAGCUGAUGGAGCCUUUGGGUGUACGCUCAAGGUUGACGUCUCCAACGACCCGAAUUUCCCUGACGUCAGGGAAUUCUCGGUCGCACCUCAAUACCUUUCCAAGCUUGAAGCCAAGUGCGCUGCAGCAUGCGUUGCUGCGAAGUCUGGCGUCAUUGAAUUGCUACAUUCGCGCAGCGGUGGUGUUGUUUCCGAGGUUCGAGGGCGUGAUGGACAGAAACGAGGCUAUUGGGAUAUCCUCAAUGACCUGGAUAUGGACGAGGAGGAUCGAGGCAGGGAGCUCAGUCUCCUCUUCACAGAAGGCGGUCGGGGAGUGAAAAGGAAGCACGACGGGGGUAAGGAUUCCCAUAGCAAGAAGAUCGACGUUGGAAAGAUGGGUGUGGAUGACGGCGAGAUCGAGCAAGGCCAAAUCGUAGAAGAUGACCCGCAGGGAACGGCUUCAAACUAUUCAGUUAGCACCAACCCGCCUACCGCCCCGGGCAGGCGCGCAAAGAAGAGACAGGCGCAUCAAAAUAGCGAACCUACCAGGCUAGGUGGUCCAUCGUCUCUACCUCGCCCUCCCCCGUCUGCGCGUCCAUUACCCGCACGACCGCCACCCGUCCAUCCUACGCACUUUCCUCCACACGGAUACCGACCCAUAAACACGCGCUACGUGAAGACAGCCAAAUGCGGUGGACGUCGUCUAUGGACUCGUACAAGCCAAGUCCCACCUCGCAUCGCCAUCCCAUGA